AUGCUUGCCAAGUGUGUGGAACCCACAAUCGAAAAGAGAUAUUCUAACCUUAAAAAAAUUCAAGUGUCGCUCGUGUAUAAAGCGAUGAUUAUCCGUACGUUCCAUCCUGUCAAUGAUAAUGAGCGUAACAAUCCAGAUAAUGUCCCAGGAGAUAGAGAAGACAAUGCGGAAGUGAUGGCUAGAAAACGAAGGAUUUUACGAUCUCCCAAUGUCUUCAGUAUUAUUCUUCUGUUAUCUACAAUCCUGAUAUUCCUUGUAAUCACUCACUAUGUUUAUUUUCAUAGACCUGAUAAUUUGUUCCCUGAUCAAGACGUCAGCUUGAAUCUUAGCUUGAAACGUCCUGCGAUUCGAUCUCUGAAUAUUACUAUCGUUGCAGUUAUUAAUAAUGUCAGCCAACUCAGCGAAUAUCGAUUUGCAUUAGAUACAGUGCGAUGUUAUUCCAAGAUGCACAAAUAUCCUUUUCGAUUAGUGAAAAGCUACGAAUAUCGCCACUGUCGGCAUCGAGACGGCAUGUUUCGGCGCCACUGCGUCGUUGCUGAGGUGCUAAAAACAACUGACUGGGUCCUCUUCAUUGACGCUGACAUUGGCGUCGUGAAUCCAAACAGGUUGAUCGAAGAAUACAUCGAUACAAAUUAUGAUAUCACCUUUUACGAUCGUUUCUGUAGCUGGGAAGUAGCAAUGGGCUCGUACAUUGUCAAGAAUACAGACUUUUCAAGGAGAUUCUUGAUGAAUUUUGCUAAUUUUGAAACGCAUCUGCCAGACUCGUUCCAUGGAAGCGACAACGGUGCCAUACAUGCCUAUCUGUUAGAGACUUUGGUACCUGAUUCACUGAAAGAAGCACAUGUCUGUUACUCAAUAUGGCACCAAUCUAGGGGAUAUUCUGAUCUAUUCUUGUACGAAGCAUGUAUCCGGUCAAUCCUGGGCUCACAACGAAACUUCGAGAAAGUACGGAUUGUGAAAAAGGGCACUGGAUGGGUGCGAGAUAUCUGGAUUACUAAUAGCAGGUGGAGUCCUGAAAGAGACUUCAUGCUACAUGGUCUUAAGGAGAAUGAUCGAUCUUCCUAUCCAGAUGGGGUCCUCUCAAAGCUAAGGUCAUUGAUAUCAUAUCGAUUCACGUGGUAUCCACCUUUAUCAACAAACUUGGAUAUGCAAAAAUGCUCAACGGGUAGUGUGGAAUGGCAUUAUGAUCAGCGGCUACGGGUCUCAAGAGAAGAGGUUGAAGAACGUUUGCAUGAGCUGGCGCGAACGGUAGAAAAGGAUAGAUGGAGCGCACUUGGAAGAGUUCAAGAUUACUUGUAAAAAUUUGCAAAUAUAUCAGUGAGAUAGCAUCGAUUCCUGGCUGAAUGGUGACUUUCGC